CUCCCGUGAAGCCUCGCGCGGGGAAGGACCGGAACUCCGGGCGGGCAGCUUGUUGAUAAUAUGGCGGCAGGAGCUGCUUGGGCAUCUCGAGAAGGCAGUGGGGCCCACACCCGGAAGAAGGGUCUCUUCUCUGGCUAGUGCUACAGCUUCUAAGGACCCGGAAGUCCGGGCCAGUUGCUGAAUGAGGGGAGCCGGGCCCUCCCCGGGACAGUCCCCCCGCGCCCUCCGCCCCGACCCGGGCCCCGCCAUGUCCUUCUUCCGGCGGAAAGUGAAAGGCAAAGAACAAGAGAAGACUUCUGAUGUCAAGUCCAUUAAAGCUUCAGUAUCUGUACAUUCCCCACAAAAAAGCACUAAAAAUCAUGCCUUGCUGGAAGCUGCAGGACCAAGUCAUGUUGCAAUCAAUGCCAUUUCUGCCAACAUGGACUCCUUUUCAAGUAGCAGGACAGCAACACUUAAGAAGCAGCCAAGUCACAUGGAGGCUGCUCAUUUUGGGGACCUGGGCAGAUCUUGUCUGGACUACCAGACUCAGGAGACCAAAUCAAGUCUUUCCAAAACCCUUGAACAAGUCUUGCACGACACUGUUGUCCUCCCAUAUUUCAUUCAAUUCAUGGAACUUCGGAGAAUGGAGCAUUUGGUUAAAUUUUGGUUAGAAGCUGAAAGUUUUCAUUCUACAACUUGGUCCCGAAUAAGAGCACACAGUCUGAACACAGUGAAGCAGAGCUCUCUGGCUGAGCCUGUAUCUCCAUCAAAAAAGCAUGAAACUACAGCAUCUUUUGUAACUGAGUCCCGUGACAAGAGAUUGGAGGGUUCUAGCUCAGCCCAAUUGCUUAUGACUCAAUCAGAAGGAAUUAGCCUGAAUAAUAGAACUAACAACACUCAGAAUCACUUGCUGCUUUCCCAGGAAUGUGACAGUGCCCCUUCUCUUCACCUUGAAAUGGCCAGAGCAGGAGCUAGUCAAGUUUCCAUGGAAACUCAAGAAUCCUCCUCCAGACUUAUAAUAGCCAGUAGAAAUAGUCCCUCUUCUCCACUAAAAGAAUUGUCAGGAAAACUAAUGAAAAGUAUAGAGCAAGAUGCAGUAAAUACUUUUACCAAAUAUAUAUCUCCUGAUGCUGCUAAACCAAUACCAAUUACAGAAGCAAUGAGAAAUGACAUCAUAGCAAAGAUUUGUGGAGAAGAUGGACAGGUGGAUCCCAACUGUUUUGUUUUGGCACAGGCCAUAGUCUUUAGUGCAAUGGAGCAAGAGCACUUUAGUGAGUUUCUGCGAAGUCACCAUUUCUGUAAAUACCAGAUUGAAGUGCUGACCAGUGGAACUGUUUACCUGGCUGACAUUCUCUUCUGUGAGUCAGCUCUCUUUUAUUUCUCUGAGUACAUGGAAAAAGAAGAUGCAGUAAAUAUAUUACAAUUCUGGUUAGCAGCAGAUAACUUCCAAUCUCAGCUUGCUGCCAAAAAGGGCCAGUAUGAUGGACAAGAGGCCCAGAACGAUGCUAUGAUUUUAUAUGACAAAUACUUCUCCCUCCAAGCCACACAUCCUCUUGGAUUUGAUGAUGUUGUGAGAUUAGAAAUUGAAUCCAAUAUUUGCAGGGAAGGUGGACCACUCCCUAACUGUUUCACAACUCCACUACGACAGGCCUGGACAACCAUGGAGAAGGUCUUUUUGCCAGGCUUUUUGUCCAGCAAUCUUUAUUAUAAGUAUUUGAAUGAUCUCAUUCAUUCAGUUCGAGGAGAUGAGUUUCUGGGAGGCAAUGUUUCACUGACUGCUCAUGGUUCUGUUGGCCUUCCGGAUGAGUCUCUUCCAGGUGGCACAGACAGUGCCACUUCACAGUCCAAUGUGAAAAAAGCCAGUAUUAAAAUUCUGAAAAAUUUUGAUGAAGCGAUAAUUGUGGAUGCUGCGAGUCUGGAUCCAGAAUCUUUAUAUCAACGGACAUAUGCAGGGAAGAUGACAUUUGGAAGAGUCAGUGACUUGGGUCAGUUUAUCCGAGAAUCUGAGCCUGAACCCGAUGUAAAGAAAUCAAAAGGAUCCAUGUUCUCACAAGCUAUGAAGAAGUGGGUACAAGGAAAUACUGAUGAGGCCCAAGAAGAGCUAGCUUGGAAGAUCGCUAAAAUGAUAGUCAGUGAUGUUAUGCAGCAGGCUCAGUAUGAUCAACCUAUGGGGACAUCUACAAAGCUAUGACUCAAGAACUGAGAUAAAGGAAAUCUGCUUUUGAAGUAUAAGAGAACUUUUUUUCCUUUGGUUGGAUUCUUCAACACAGCCAAUGAAAACAGCACUGUAUUUCUUUUCACUGAUAUAACACUGUUAUUUCCAGGAAUGAAUGGGAGACAAUCCUAGACUUCCACCAUAUUGCAGAGUAACAUGUAGACAUAAAUGAUGCACAUGAUGUUCAUACAGUGAGUCACAAAGCUACAAAGUGGUAUUGUUUACAUUACUAGAAAAUUAUUAGUUUUCCAAUGGCAAUAACCCAUGUAUGAGAGAGUUAGCCCACUGAAAUAGACAGGGACCACAUCCUGUGAGAGGCAGAUAAGCAUAGAGCUGAUAUUUGGUGCACAUUCUUAGAGCAGGAGUCCAUCUCAAGCAGAAUUAUAAAACGUGGCAGAGGUGCUUUGCUUUGUCCUCCUAAAAUUAACAGGUGAGUCAUCCCCACUCAGAGUUAGGCAGCUCUCAGUGGCAAUGUGUGGAACUGGGUGAGAGUUCCUUGUGUAGUCUUCACAGAAGCAUUAAUUUAGAAAGAAACAGACAAAUCGCAGGUCAUGUUUCAGUGACAUUGUCCUUUCCUUUGGUGGCAGCAUAUCCUUAAAACCAGUCUCUCCCUGUUAACAAAAGGGUAAAUUUAGUUUACUUUGAGCAUUAGGUCUUGCUCCUUUGGAGCAAGCAGCAACAUUUACUACGCUCCAGUUACUUAACUUCCCUUUCAGAAUGCAUGUGGGAGGAAAGACAUAAGGAUCACUCCAGUUUUUUCCCUGUGGUACCUCGAACAAAAUGUUUAUUCACAGAUUAUAAUUUUGUUUUUUAAAGUGGGGAGAAAAGUACUCAACUUGCUUGAUUGCCUCCCCCAUUUUUUGCUGUGAGUGGGAAGUGUGCAGUGGUGGCCUUUUUUCUUUUUGUCUUCAGUACAGAAAGACUCACUCAUUGCCCUUCUGCUCAGGCGGCUUUGCAUUGGGACUGCACAGCCAUCAGCAAGGUGGCCCAGUUGACAUGCACACUCCGCCAGCCACACCAUGCCAGUGCUUCCUCUCUGUGUGUAAAUGAAGGGAUAGAAUGUUCUCUUAGGUGUUACUGCUUUUGCUCAGACUUUGCAAAAAAGAAAAAGAAAAAAAAAAAAAAAAUAUAUAUAUAUAUAUAUAUAUAUAUAUAUAUAUAUAUAUGCAUAAAUAUAUAAUUAUUAAUCACCUCUCUCCUUGAGAAAGUCUUGAUUGAAUAGAGAAUUUAUUCAUUGCAAUAUUGAUUGUAUAGAGGCACACUGUUUCAUCAACAGAAGAAGCAAAAAGGCUGUGUAUAAGUUUUUUGGUACUAUGUACCACCUCUGUUCUUAUAAAGCUGAAGUAUUCAUGUACUUAAACCAUAUUCUAUUUAAUUGUGUUUGAUUUUAAAUAUAUAUAUAUAUGAAUUAUAUUUAAAAUGGUGUCAGCUUUCUGCUUUCAGGGCAUUUAUGGCUCUUCUGUUGAAAUUUAUUGAUCCCGCCUAAUAUUUCCAUUUGCUUUACAAAAACCCAGAAUACAAGCCACUACUGGAUUUAGCCUUGUGUUUGGAGUGUAGGCAUAGACUUGAAGUCUUUAUUAGGUGUAUAUGCUGUGAUUAAUUUAUUUUGUUCUUUUAGCAAAAUAUUUCCAUCCAUUUCACAUUGCUUCAAACUUUAAAUAGGAGAAAAGCAAUAUAAAGGUCUUAGAAUUAAAUGUGGUUUUGGGUGACUGUUGCUGCCUCUGCAUGUUUUCGACUAACAAUUUCUGUAAAACUCUAGGCUAUUCAAACUUAGUGCUUUCAAUUAAGAUAAUUUCUAGUCAUUUCUUUGUAUACAUUUUGUGCUUCUGAGUUAGAGAUGCCAGUAGUCAUAAACUUCUUAUAAAGACAAGAUUAGCAAGUUUGAGAUUUGGUUAUCCUUUUCUGCCUCACCUGCUAUGAAACACAGAAGCAGCUUUGGUCUGAAAUUAUUAGCCAGAUUUCAUAUUUGAUCUAAAGUAAGUCCUUGUGCUCCUUUUAAAAUUGGAAUGGAAUUCAUCUAUUAUUGAGCAAUUGCUGUGUUCCAGGUUCUAUGCAUUGUGCCCAUAAAAUAUAAUUCCCUGGCAGGGUUUUUAUAGGUGCAAGUAAUCAGUUGUUCACUCUUUAUCAUGUCAUUGACAUCAACUCAUUGUUUAAAAAGUAAAAAUAAUAGUGAGAAAGUGAUACUUUUUGUAAUUUGGUGUCUUUAUCACACCUUUAUAAAUUUGAUGAGAGUGAAAAGCAUUGUCAGCCAAAUCCAGUGAAGAGCAAUAAAACAGGGAGCAAUUUA